UUAUGCCUUAUGGCCAUGGAAGUUAUGUUGAACUGGUUACUGAGUAGCUAAUCAGCUUGCCUUGCUCCUUGCCUUCCUUUCCUUCUAAGAUUAGAUCCUUGCUCAUUUCUGCUAGACAAUGCACUGUUUUCUCUAAUAACCAAGGCCUCGAUGAGAAGCGACCUGAGCUGGUGUGCCCAGAUUUCAGUGUUUGACGAUUUUGAUUUCUUUGAGACAGAUGGUUUCAACGCUUGCUCUCCUGCAAGCAGUGAACUGAUACUACCGGACAUCCUCCAGCAUUGCAACAAAGAGUAGCUGGACUGAAGCCGGUGAGGCCUGGUGGACAUACAGUAGCUUCUGCCCAAGUAGUACAGCGCGUGGAUCACAGCAAUUUUUUUACUUUCAACUCUUCAACUCUUCGUACAUUGCCAUUGGACUCACUCGGCAAGUGCAACAAUCGUGAAUAGUGUGCAAUUCAGUGAACGUACAACCUCUAUCACGGUGCUCAACUGCAACUGGCUGGUUUGUACCAUUUCAACCCAUCGGAGAAGUGAUGGCUAGUACACCUGAGCCAGCCCAAGGCCUUGGGGUAUUCUGUGUUAUCAAUGGCGAUGAGAAUCGAUGUCGGCCAGAGGCUGUGAGAUUGCUGCAGUGUAGACAGCAAGACAAUGUUUUGAGCAUGCACACCACUUGCUCAACGGUGCAGCUUCUAUGGACCUCGCCAGCUGUGGAACUGACCAUAUAUGAACGGGAAGCUUGGUUUCCACUCCGGCUUCCGUCUAAAAAUCUCAUUCACGUUGCAACUAGCGUGCGUUUGUACAACGUGUGAAAUUAGCAUACGUGGCUCGGUGAACUAACUUACACAUGUUAACCUGUCUAAUCUCCAACUGUCCACUGUGGAGCUGCCAUCCGUGCCACAAUGGAUACAAGCACACAAGCAACUCACCAUUGGGCUCGUGAAGCGGAAAAAACGGUGUGAAUGUCCACCCCUCCUUCUUGGUGACACCACUGUCUGUCUCUGUCUCAUUGCCCGUGCCACGCAUGCACACAAUGUUGAGCUGGCGGGAUGUACUGCGGCCUGACCGCGCAAUGAUAAUGUCCAGCGCUGUGUUCCUUCUGACCAGGGUACUAUGACACGAAUGUCUCUGUCAAAGUGAGCCACAUCUUGAGGUCCACAUGUGUCUUGCUCUGUCGGCACAACCUGGCGCCCAGUAUACGAUCAACACAUGCACUACUCGAGGUGUCCACACGGAGCAGUGCAGAUAUAUAUACCAACACCUUUCACAGGAUGUUGCAUUAGUUUUGCUCACACGGGCAUCUUUGUACAAUACUCGAGAGAAAAGAGUGCCGUAUACCAUUAUGACGAUGACGAUGGGUGCAUUGAAAAUAUUUCUUGGUUACAGUCGCUGUCCAUGUGAAGUUUUUCUUGGAUGAAGUUGGAAGCUGUCGGGUGGUAACCAGCUCCCGGUCAUAUAGCAAUGAGAAAACGUUUGUUACAAUGGAGUUCACGUCUCGCCAGAACGCCCAAUUUGCCAUGUCCAAGACCGGCAGCAAAGUGAACGGUUGUCGGAUCAGUGCGUCGCCAUACCGCAGCCGUCGGCUUGGCAACCUGAUAGGCCAGGACGGCCCCAUGAUGCACAACAACUUCCACAACAAUCGCUUUCAACACUUUGGCGGUGGCGGCGGAGGGCGUGGUGGCUUCCGCGGCGGCGGUAUGCCCAAUCACAGAGGCAACUUUCAACCGUUCAUGAUGAAGCGGGGACGUAGCUGGGGUGAACAAGAAUCCGAGAAGGUGCGAGGUAUGUCGCCGAAGACAGCCGCACGCUACAUCGAGAACAGGAUCCGUGAAAAGGAGGAGCGUACGCACCAGCGCGUAGGAAAGUCCUCGUCCUACUCAAGGUCACGUUCGCGUAGUCAUUCGCUGUCCAGGUCUCGAUCUCGCUCCCCUUACCGGCGAUCAUACUCACGGCAUACAAGUGAUGAAUCGCGCAGUCGGUCACCACGGUCGCGAUCUCCGCGCCGUAAAUCCAGACGCUCGCGCUCCAGCAGCCGCAGCUCGGUGGAUUCCUACAAGGCGCGGCGACGCAGCCGCUCCGAGGACAGUGAAUCGGAGGAGCGCAAGAGCAGAGAACGCAGACGCCGCCACAAGAAGCGCAAGAGACGCCAUCACUCCUACAGCAGCAGCGAGCACCAUGAUCGCAGUGAUCAGGAGCCUGCUGAAAGAGGAGCGGGGGGCGAGCUCGUGCGCGUCAUCGAGGACUGGGCCUCUCAGGACGUCACUGAGGUUGCCGAGGUUGCUGAAAUCCCUCAUGCUCAUGUUACCGACCCGGAAGUGAUCGGCAAGGAGACCAUGGUUGCCGCCACCGAAGUGGGUGUCGUGGUGGAUGAAGCUGUUGGCGAUGACCAGGCCGCACAUCUCCCACCGCUGCCCUCCACUCAGCUAGACCUGGCUAUACCGUCCACGUUGUCGCUAGCACUGCAGCAAGACGCGCUACAGAAGCGACAUCAUAUGCAGCAGGAAUUCGAGGCUGAUGUGGGCACUAUAUCGUCAGUUGCGGAAAUGCUUAGAAGACAUGAUCAAACUAUUGGUGUGCAACUGCGCCACGCCUUGCAGUCUGUUGUUGGAGAAGUGACAGCGAAAUACUCUGGGGAAUUUGACGACUACCUCAAUAGUACGCAGCAGUCGAAACCGGCCACCGCGCGAUGAAAGCGGCAGUGUUCCCGAGGAUGUGUGAUGUUUUUCACUAUUUUUUCUAUCUAGCUGUGUGCACGCGCAUGUGUGUGUGGUGUGUGUGGUGUGUGUGUGGUGUGUGUGUGUGUGUGUGUGUGUGUGUGUGUGUAUGUGUGUGUGUGUGUGUGUGUGUGUGUGUGUGUGUAUGUGUGUGUGUGUGUGUUUAGGCUCAUUUAGUUUUUGUUUACCUGUAUAUACCUUUGAUGUUUUAAGGAGAACUGUCGGCUCUCGCCAAAUGCUGAUCUUUCCCCAGCCAAUAGGUUUACCAAGUAGUGUGUUAUUUUCUAUUCCAGCGCAUAGCAUAUCUUAUACAGCCAUGCAACACGUCUGUGGUGCUUUACUUUUAUACAUGUACAGCUAUACAUGUACAUAAUACUGCCAUGCAAGUCUGUUCCAUCGUGAAGUCCCGCUGUUGUCUUUUAUCAGAAAUUUUCCUUUUUUUGUCCUCUUGUCUUGACCUAUUGAAUUCAGGUACGCUGUAUCUCUGUUGGGUAGUAAGUUAGCCAUCCUGUUUGUGUUGCUGGUGCUAGUGGUAGUGGUAGUAAGGGUAUGAUUGUGUGAACUGCAGAGCUGCACAGUACAGUGCUAUGUGCUGUUCUGACUGGUGAUAUCAUUUUUUUUGUCUGUUGUUGCACGUGAUCAGGAGUACAUAACCCACGCAAUGCUUUCCUCGCUGAGCUGAGGUUUUUUCCUUUCUUUUUGAUCAAUCUCAACCAGGGAGUAGUACUACUCCCUGCCCUGGUCAGAACCGUCUACUUUACAUUUAUCCUUCAAUAUCCAAUUUUUUUGCUGUCAUUUCCUCAUCUGGACCUUAUAAUUAUAAGCACACAAUCAUAAUAGUUAUUAUGAUUGUGUGCAAAAUGUGCGAACUCAACAUUUCCAGUUCCAA